GCGAGCUCAGCCUGUUGCUCAUAACCUUCACGGAGAGCAUGCAGACAGACAGACGUUACAGUACCACCGCCGUGACAGUGGAGUAGAGAGCAGAACAUUUCACAGUCUCUGGUAAGACUGUUUACCUCCGGAGGGGUGAGGAGGAUUCGCAGUUUGAGUUCAGACGUAAACACAUCGACUGACGACUCGUUGAUGCUACGUGAUGUCUCAAUGCCCCGGUAGUGCUACAUCUAAGCUGACACAACCUAUCUGACAUAGUGAACCAUUGGAAGGAUCAAGAGCCGUAAUAAGAAACAAGCGUACAAAACCUCACAACUAGUUCAAGACAGAUCAGUCGGCUGUAUUUUCUUGUGUGCAGUUUGUAAGCUUGUUUUUUGGAUACUAGUUGUUCCUGUCUGCAUCAGUACCUGGAUCUAGUUGUUCCUGUCUGCAUCAGUACCUGGAUCUAGUUGUUCCUGUCUGCAUCAGUACCUGGAUCUAGUUGUUCCUGUCUGCAUCAGUACCUGGAUCUAGUUGUUCCUGUCUGCAUCAGUACCUGGAUCUAGUUGUUCCUGUCUGCAUCAGUACCUGGAUCUAGUUGUUCCUGUCUGCAUCAGUACCUGGAUCUAGUUGUUCCUGUCUGCAUCAGUACCUGGAUCUAGUUGUUCCUGUCUGCAUCAGUACCUGGAUCUAGUUGUUCCUGUCUGCAUCAGUACCUGGAUCUAGUUGUUCCUGUCUGCAUCAGUACCUGGAUCUAGUUGUUCCUGUCUGCAUCAGUACCUGGAUCUAGUUGUUCCUGUCUGCAUCAGUACCUGGAUCUAGUUGUUCCUGUCUGCAUCAGUACCUGGAUCUAGUUGUUCCUGUCUGCAUCAGUACCUGGAUCUAGUUGUUCCUGUCAGUACCUGGAUCUAGUUGUUCCUGUCAGUACCUGGAUCUAGUUGUUCCUGUCAGUACCUGGAUCUAGUUGUUCCUGUCUGCAUCAGUACCUGGAUCUAGUUGUUCCUGUCAGUACCUGGAUCUAGUUGUUCCUGUCUGCAUCCGUACCUGGAUCUAGUUGUUCCUGUCUGCAGCAGUACCUGGAUCUAGUUGUUCCUGUCUACAUCAGUACCUGGAUCUAGUUGUUCCUAUCAGCAUCAGUACCUGGAUCUAGUUGUCCUGUCAAGAGCAGUACCUGGAUCUAGUUGUUCCUGACGUUUCUCUAAACCAGGCUAUAGGCUACAUGUGCACCACCAAGUCAGAACAGUAGAGAUGGAGACAUAUGAUGAGAAAAACACAUGUGGGAUGAUUUGUCUGAAAUAUCUGCUAUUGACCUUUAACCUACUCUUCUGGCUGGCAGGUGGAGUGGUGAUGGCGGUGGGGGUGUGGACCCUCGUAGAGAAGAGUGACUACAUCAGCCUCCUCAACUCCACCUUCUACUCUGCCUCUGCCUACAUCCUCAUAGCUGCCGGGGCUAUUGUUGUCUUCACUGGGAUCGUAGGCUGCUGUGCCACCCUCAAGGAGAUGAGGAGUCUGCUAAUAGUGUAUUUCUUCCUGCUACUCUGUAUCUUCUUGCUGGAGAUUGUAGCUGGAGUCCUGGCCUAUAUCCAGUAUCAGGAGUGUUUCCCUCUCUGUCAGCAGCUGGAUAAGGAGCUCCAACACAACCUGAAGGAGACCAUGGUUCAGAAAUACCAGCAGUCUGGAGAGGAGAGCAUCACCAGUGCAGUGGACAAGCUGCAGCAGGAGUUUAAGUGUUGUGGUAGUAACAGCUCGUCAGACUGGUCAGACAGUGUGUGGAUCCUGACACCUAGCAAUGAGAGACUGGUCCCAGACAGCUGCUGCAAGACACCCAGUAACCUCUGUGGCCGCAGAGACCACCCCUCUAAUAUCUACAAGGUGGAGGGAGGGUGCAUCACUAAGCUGGAGACCUUCAUUCUGAGCCAACUGCAGAUCCUGGGAGCAGUGGCGAUCGGCAUCGCCUUCCUCCAGCUCGUAGGGAUGAUUCUUGUUUGCUGCCUGUAUCGAGGUCUGAAGGAGGAGUCAUACUGAGCAUCGCUGAUGGCACAACUACAACAGCAAGAAGACAACAACACAACCACAACAACAACAUAUUUACCAGUAUUUAGAUAUGCUUUCUCUCUGUCUCGGACGCUACAUACGUCUCAUGUAGAUAUGUGGAAUGAAAGUCGUUUUUUUUUCCAAAGACAAAUUUAAUCUAUGUUGAAAUUUAGGUAAGGCAGGCAGCAAGAAACAGGCAAAGAGGCAGGCAGA